AGGAAAUUUUUGUCGGCGUGUUUUCAUACAUAUAGCAUCCUAUCUGAGACGCAGCCUAUAUAAAUUCAAAUACAACCGAUGUGAAUAACAGCUUGAGUGAUGAACUGCUAGCAUUAUUGAUCAGGUGCUGUCGCUCUCGUAGCAUCUGAUUGGUGAAACUUGCGUCGGACGCGCUCGCGUGCACGUGGAGCACGUCUGUGGAGCUGAUGUGAAUGUUACUGCGCUUUCAAAGUUAAGGUGACCGUCAGACCUCCCAGGAUGUAUCGAUAUCGACAGACACAUGUACGGGCUUAAUUCUGAACCAUACGGGAGCCGUCUUGAUUGACUCUGGCGCACAGGUGUUGAGUCACGCGCCGAUCGCUUCUGAUGAACAGUGACUGCAUGCAAUGUGCGGGAAAUGUGAUCGUGGACUGUCUGAGGUGACUCAUACUAGUUCACAGUGGAGCUGGACUGCACACCCGGACAUCAUUAUGAGGAUGAUCAUGGUGCCGCCGACGCAUUUCAGAGAGGAAGCGCAACUUAUUUUUUCAUCUUGCGCCAUGUAACUUUGGCACCGACAUGUUCACCAGAAUUAAGGGACAGUUUGGACUCGUUUGACGCAUCGACAGUCUUCUCAUUUAAAUUUCAUUUGAUCCUGUUCAACGCAAGCACGUGCAGUUCUCGCAAGGAUGCCUGAUGUCCCGGGUCUGUACAUUGGGAUGGAGGUGCUCAUCGCCCUUUCCUCUGUCAUUGGGAAUGUGAUGGUGGUCUGGGCUGUGAGAAUCAACCGAUCUCUACGAGACACGACCAUUUAUUUCAUCGUCAGUCUGGCUCUGGCAGACAUUGCUGUCGGGGCACUGGUCAUUCCUCUGGCUAUUACCAUAAGCAUCGGACUGAAGACUCAUUUUUACAGCUGUCUGCUCGUUGCGUGUACUGUACUGGUGCUAACGCAAAGUUCAAUACUCGCCCUCCUGGCUAUUGCUAUUGACCGCUAUCUGAGGGUCAAGAUACCAAUGAGCUAUAAAAGAGUGGUGACUCCAAAGCGUGCUGGCAUCGCAGUGAUGGCAUGCUGGAUGGUGGCCAUCGUAGUUGGCCUGACGCCCAUGUUGGGCUGGAACAAUCUGGAGAAGCUACGCCAGACCAACAGCAGCUUGGAUGCCGACCUUCUCAUAACCUGUACGUUCGAGAACGUCAUCAGUAUGGAGUACAUGGUCUACUUCAACUUCUUCGGAUGGGUGCUGCCACCGCUCGUCCUAAUGUUGCUCAUCUACGCUGAGAUCUUCUACAUGAUCCACAAGCAGCUCACCAAGAAGAUCACCACCAACCAGACUGACCCCACUCGAUAUUACGGGAAAGAACUCAAGCUGGCGAAAUCUCUCGCGCUGGUGCUCUUCUUGUUUGCAGUCGGCUGGUUGCCGUUGCAUAUCCUGAACUGCAUCACUCUCUUCUGCCCUAGUUGUAACUAUUCAAUGUCCAUUCUUUAUGUGGCUAUUUUGCUCAGUCAUGCCAACUCCGCCGUCAAUCCCAUCGUUUAUGCAUUCCGCAUUACGAAAUUCCGGAAUGCUUUCGUUAAGAUCUGGAAACAGUAUGUGUGUUGCACGGGGGAGCCACGUCUGGGUGAUCGCCCUGGCUUUCGCAUAGAUAGCAAAGAAAGAAGACUACGAGACAAUGACAUCUGACACUAGGCUAACCAGGUCUCCUCUAUGAGAAGCACUUUUUAUGGUCUACAGGGAAAAUGCACUCUGGGAUGUUUGCUGUCUGUCUAGAGAAUAUGUUUGCCACAGAAAUGAGACAAUCGAACAUUACUGGCAAUCUUUCCUUGAAAACCCAGUCAAUGGUGCAUAGAAUGAAUUGCAUCGUUAGUGAGGGACUAUUAAAUAAAUGAAAAUGGCCUGUUUUAGAGGAAUAGCCACACAGUACAACUGGCAUUCACAUCUGUGAAUCUUCAUUCGAUUAUGAUUUUCUUUUGUGCUGCGGUUCAUUCGAAUGUAUCACCUAAAGGGCUUCAUAUAAUGAAUGCAAAACUGCACACUCGUAAAUGUCAGCGCUUAUGAGUACACUAAACUACACUGGUCUUCAGUCAGUAGCAUAACCGCGCUUGAGGACUUUGAAAAAAGGACAUUGAGAAUGUGGUCUGAGGUCAUUUUUAUAUGCCAGCAAAUUCAUGUUUAGAGAAGUGUGGGAUAUAGAGUUAUUCGUCAUUUGCUGCUUGUUAUGACUAGUGCAAAUAGGAGGCAGCUAGGCUCACUUUGCCUUAAAGGGAUAGUUUAUAAAAACAGAAAAUUCUGUCAUCAUUCACACACACUCCUGUCAUGCCGUAUGAGAAGAUAUUUUUAAAAAUGUAUGUAGAAUGACAGCCAGAUGAGUUCAAAGUUUUUGGACCCCACUGACUUUCAUUCAAAACAGUAAUUAAAAUGGCUUUUUUUAGCAAAAGAAAAUCAUACUUCAUGACAAAACUUUCAUUUUUGGGUGAACUAUCCCUUUAGGCAGAAAUUUGCUUGAUCCUAUUAGUCUAAUAUCAGCAAUGUUGCUUUUGUGGUGUUAUGACACUUUUUUUGUAGAUGUUUCAGUCUAAAUGAAAUAGUUGACCUUAUUAAUACUCCUCUCUACUGUGUAUUUAACAGAAUAACCGCUGAAAAUUAACUUGAUGCAUUCUUAUAUUUGUUUUGGUGCGAAAAUCCCAGUUGCGUGAGCAAUUAAGAAAUGCAGCCUUUGUUUGAAAUGAAACAAAACUGUAGGCGGUUUGCAUUUAAUAUUAAGACUGCUUAAAACUGAGGGCCUGAGAAAUGAUAGACCGGAAGGAACCAUAAAUUUAGAUUGAAUGAUACUGCUGCUUGAGGUCUUGUGUGUGGGUUGUUGUUUUUUGUUAAUCACUGUUGAGAUGUUUUGUUAAAGUAAUGAAUGCAUAACCUGAGGACAACCACAGUUGAAUUUAUUAUAUGUUCAGACCUCUAAAAAGUGAAGGACAUUCAGAGCUUUCACUGAAAUUGCUCAUUUCUCCAGGUGUAUUAGAAGAACUACUGAAAUGUUGGUGUCCUCUGAACGGACCCAGAUUUUGACUCUGCAUCCUUGAAAUAGGUGGCAGUGUGUGAAGUGUCCUUUGAACAAGCUCUGAUAAAUGGUUUGACCUUUUCAGGCUGGUCAAUCAAUUCAACACAGUUUCCAGAGAAACAACUAUUCUCAAACUUCCUGGGUAGAUCCAGAGGUGAGAUCAAAGCUGACACGGUGACUUGUGUUUCCGCUUCAUCAAUGGACCUCCGUUUCUCCUUUACUGGGUACCAGCUGGAGAAUUUAACUAGUUUAAGUUCAAGGGCAUAAACACUCUGGAUUUAUUAUUUUUAUAUCUAGUUCAAGUGACUCUCAAGUUGCACUUACCUACAUGGAUCAGUUGAGUGUCUUAAUCUAAUACUUAAAAAAAAAACUGCAGCUUUAACCUACCCGUGAUGGCAUGCUGUGAGGAACGAUCAAAGUGUUAAUAGUGGUCUCAGAUAACGAUAUUGGUGCAGUCAAAUGAUUAAUCGCGAUUAAUCAUUCAUAACAAGUUUUUGUUUACAUAUGUAUGUGUACUGUGUAUAUUUGUGUAUACUGUACUCUUUAAAAUAUAUUCUAAUAUUUUAUAUUAUACAUAUCCAUUUUUUCUUAAAUAAUAUACGUGCAUGUGUUUGCAUUUAUAUAUACAUAAAUAUACACAGGACACACACUUACUAGGGAAACAAAAAUGUUAUUUUGGAUGCGAUUAAUCGUUUUAUAGCACUAAAAGAUAUAAUCACAGCUCACAGAGGCCACUUCCUCUAUGUGGGAUUGUUUACUGACAACAAAGCCUACAGAAGCAAUGGUCUUAUUUGGCCUGAAUGAUAGAGUAUUGUUACUCAGUACUGUGGUGCCCCCCUGUGAUGGUUUGAAAAAGUGCUAAAACUCUCAUUACUAUAAUCAAAUCAUUUUUAAUAAGAAAAACAUGCUUGUGUUGCAUUAAUUUUAAAGUGAACCAGGCAUUGUUAGUGAGUAACAAAGUUCUUUUCUUUUUGUUACUAGAAUGCAAUAAAACCAUAAAAAUAUGUCUCAACAUGUCCACUUCAUGUUUAUUUGAUCUGUAGUGAAGGAGGUCUAACAAUUUGUUAACUAUAACAUGCAUGUCCCUAUUAGACCAACACAUUUGGUCAAAGUGCUUCAUUUUAAAGGAUUUAAAAUAGCAUUGUAGUUUUACUCCACAUUAGUUAUGUAAAAAUAAAUUUGACUACAUCAUUAUACACAAGUCUAUCAUUUAAAAAAGCAAUGUUGGUUAAAAAUGCCUGCAUCAGUUGAAUUACUCAAACACAAAUAUCUGUAUUAGAGUAAAAAUGUAAACAUUUAAAAACUUUGUUGGUUGUGAUUGGCUGAAAACAGGACCUUGGCAUCUGACAUAUUUACAGUUCAUCCUGCAUUACAAAUCAAAACUACAGAGGAAUGAUUGAGGGUCUCUCAGAGGAUGAGACAAUGAGCUCAAUCUCAGUUCAUGCUGUUCUUAGAGACCGAGACCUUGAAAAAGAAAAGAUAAAACAACAUUAGUCUGCGUGUUUAACAAUAGCAAAGUAAAUCUUCAACAUAUGGGGAAAAUUAGUCAUAACGGUUAUAUCUGAAAUAAAAAUGGAUUAUUUUAUUUUUUGGGGGCAUUUUUGCCUUUAUUAUUGCAGGACACAUCAAACAGUUGGGACUUGAACUCGGGACGCCCCAAAAAAAUUAGGGUGUGUGGUGGGAUUUGGGGCCAAAAACAUAUAGCAGAGUAAUGCCAUAUUUAAUUUUUGACAGGAAUGAAAACAAAACUGUGAGGAACUGAAAAUUACAUGAUAUAGGCCCCUUUAUAUGGUGUGUGUGUCAAUGUAAAAAUGUUAAGUAUAUCCAUCACUGCUGUGUUAAAUUCAAUAUGGCAUCUAACCUGACUACUAAAGUAGUUUGAGGUGAAUUUGAUGGCAUCAGUUUACUCACUAGAUUCAACUGUUGUAAUUGAAUGGGCUCUUACCAUUACAAAUAUCAUGUCUCUAAUUCUUGUUACCAAGUGCUGCUUAAAUGGUUUAAGCAGCACUGUCCUAUCCUGGUCCUGGAGGGCCACUCUCCUGCAGAGUUGAACUCCAUCCAGCCCCAUCACGCUUGCCUAGAAGUUUCUAGUACUACUGAAGACCUUGCUUAGCUGAUUUAGGUACAUUUAACUGUGGCUAGAUCUAAACUCUGCUAGAAGGUUGGACACCUCUGCUUCAGAUGCUUUGGUUUAGUGACAAUUUUUUUUAUUAAAACUAUGAUGAAAAGUAUUCAUUGCUGACCUUUUUUCCAUGACUAAAAUAAGACAUAAUUACAAACUAACUGUGACUGUAUCAACAUGCAAUAUUGUUGACAGAAAUGACAAUACCAAAAUGUAGUACAAAAAAUAAAGAAAAACUGUGUCUA